AGCGCAACAGUGGAAAGCACCCAGAAAUGAUAGUGUUAACCACCGCAAAAAAACCGACAUGAACGGUAGAAACGGCAAGGUCUUAGAUUAGAGAAGCAAGCCGUCUCUUUCUCUCCCGCAUCAUCGUGACUCACAAGUCACACCCCUUUCCCCACUUUCUCUCUCCCCACUUUCUCUCCCACAAAAUAACUUUCCUUUACCUUUCAAGCACUGAGUUGAAUACACACACACACCCAUAAACCAAAACGCUAACCUCUUAUUUGUUUACAUACAUAUACAUAUAUCCAUAUGAAUGAGCAUAAGCAACGAGGUCAGGCUUUUCUUGGAGGACUUGUUUCGCAUCAUCUUAGCUAUCUAUACUGUUGUUGUUGGUUUCAUGAGCAGCAACAGCAGAGUUUGCAGCGAUGAAAGACCGUAGGAAACGAGAUGUUGUUUCAUGGAACAGGUUCUUUUGGUGCACUCUUUUUCUUGUCUUCUCUUGUGUUCUCUUCUCUGGCUUCACUUUCUCCACUUUUCGCUUCUUCUUCUUUGGAGAAAAGUUUCACCCGGAAAUUGUCUCAACAUGGCGGACGCCGGCGAUGGAGGCACUUUCCGGCGAUUCUUCUGCUGUUCUGGCACCAUCAAUUCGUGAAACAGUUAUGCUUCCAGACCAGGUUCUAGUUUUCCUAAAAUACCCUCCAUCGUCUCGGUUAUUUACCAAAGAGGACCUCCUGUGCGUUUAUAUCUCGGCUAAUAAAUCAUCAUCCCAGUCGCAGCGCUGGCUGCCCCCAAUUCACAUAGACGGUAAGGAUGCCGAUGACCAGAUCGUACGGUGUCCACUCAUUCCACGUGGCUACACUGUUUCGCUAUCUUUGAAAUCUGGCGGCUAUAUCCAUCCGGGACCCACUCACAAGUGGGAAUCGCUUGUCUAUGAAGCCUUGAUAGACCGUGAUAAUACUACAGUUGUUUUUGUGAAGGGGCUUAAUCUACGGCCGGAGAAACUUUCUAACGCUUCAAGGUUUGAGUGUGUGUACGGCUGGGAUUUUAGGAGACCCAAGUUUUUGCUACGAUCCCAAGUCAUAUCAAUGGCUCAAGAGAUCGUACGGUGUAAAACCCCUUUGAGUGUCUUGGGUGCCCCACAAAUGGUCAACAGUUCCAUCAAGGUAUCCAUUAGAGUCAAAGGUAGAGGAACAUUACACUCCAUAGCCCGCCCGGGGCUCCGGUCGAUGCCCCAACGUGGUCCACCGGAACGAAAACCGCAUGAAAUGUGCAUAUGCACCAUGCUACGCAAUCAAGCUAGGUUCUUAAGAGAAUGGGUCAUGUACCAUGCCCAAGUUGGAGUACAGAGUUGGUACAUUUACGACAACAACAGUGAUGAUGACAUUGAAGAUGUUAUGGAGUCACUAGUCCAGGCGGGUUUUAACAUUUCUAGGCAUGUUUGGCCAUGGAUCAAGACCCAGGAAGCAGGGUUCGCACACUGCGCGCUAAGGGCACGAGAGUCGUGCGAGUGGGUUGGCUUCAUAGAUGUAGAUGAGUUUUUUUACUCUCCUCUGGGGUUAAGUUUGCAUGAUGUGAUUAGCAAUCAAUCGGAGUCUGGAAAUAACGUUGCUGAGAUACGUACUUCGUGCUACAGUUUUGGGCCGUCAGGGCUCAAGCAUGUUCCUCCACAAGGAGUGAUGGUAGGGUAUACGUGCCGACUUGGAGCACCGGAGAGACACAAGAGUAUAGUGAAACCUGAAGCAUUGAAUUCCACACUGAUCAACGUGGUGCACCAUUUUCAUUUAAGCGAGGGUUUUAGGUAUGUAAAUGCUGACAGGGGAGUUUUGGUUAUUAACCACUACAAGUAUCAAGCGUGGGAGGUGUUCAAGGAGAAGUUCUAUAGGAGGGUAGCUACUUAUGUGGCUGAUUGGCAGAAUGAGCAAAAUGUGGGGUCUAAGGACCGAGCCCCGGGCUUGGGGACCAGAGCUGUUGAGCCACCAGAUUGGUCGAGUAGGUUUUGUGAAGUGACAGACACUGGGCUCAGGAACCUGGUAUUGCAGAAGUUUAUGGACCCACUAACCAACAAUUUGCCAUGGGAGGAGAUGGGAAGAGGUUAUGGAAAUCAAGCCUCCAUCAGUCACCCCUCUCUCUCAAGAAAGGAAAGCCACUUUUCUCUGGAUUCAAAUAAAAAAACCAAGAAAGACUCCAAAAUGGUGAGUGAAGAACAAAAGGAGAGUCCUAGAGUCCGGAUGCAAUCAAACCCAGUUGACAAUAGCCAAAAUAUGGAGAAUCUUUUCAGUCCCAGAUUCAAAUCCGUGGCUGCCAUGGCUGGUUGGGACGAAGAAUCUAUCCUUUUCGCAAGCCUUAUCGUUGAAGACACGCCAGAAAGACAGUUCAAACAUAAGAAACGCUCCGAUUUGCACUUCAAGACUCCACCUUCAACCAAUACAAGAAGGAAGCGGAGGGAUCAGAAGAAGAGUCCGAUUUCAAUUCCUGUACCUAUUCUAAAUCUUGAAGAAGAGGAGGAACUUGUAAUGAAAGAAAGUGAGAAAAAGAAGACGGAGCCGAGAAUUGCUGUAGAUGAAGAAAGUAAAUUAGGAGGAGACAAAUUAGCUAAAGACAACCCUGAUGCUUCUUGCUCAAACUCAGCUCUUCCUUGCAUGGAUAAACUUAGAGAAGAGCUUUCUUGUGCUAUUUGUUUGGAGAUUUGCUUUGAACCCAGUACCACUUCUUGUGGACACAGUUUCUGUAAGAAAUGUUUGCGAUCUGCUGCUGAUAAAUGUGGGAAGAAAUGCCCAAAGUGCAGGCAACUGAUAGGCAAUAGCAGAUCCUGUACGGUGAAUACAGUUCUUUGGAACACAAUACAGCUUCUGUUUCCUCAAGAAGUUGAAGCAAAGAUGGCAUCGGGCAGGAAAAACCAGAAAGAGCAUCGAAGCUCAGAAAGAAAAACCAAUAAUGAUUUAGGAAGCCGAAACGUUCGGCCUUCCAGAGCGUCAUACAGAGACACAACAAGCGUUCAGCCUUCUAGGGUGCCAAACAGGGGAGCGAUUAUCAAUAGAGGCAUGUUGCGCCAAGAUGACCCUUCUACUAGAGUGUCAAACAGAGAUGCAAGUACGAGUAGAGAUAUGUGGAACCAAGACGAGGAGGAUACUCCAUUGGUGCAAAGAUUGCGAAGAAGAGAAGCUCUUGAGCGGCUAAUAUUAAGCAGAGAAGCAACUGGGAGGAGAAGAAGAGGGAUACCAAGCCAAGAUGAGGAUACUGCAUUAGCUCUAAGGCUGCAGAGAGAAGAGUUUAUGGAAGCUUUUGGGGGAACUCAAGAGCAAUCAGGAAUCUCUCUUUCAUCAGCUAGAGCAAACUUGAGAGUCAUGGCAUCUAGAGCCGCCAUUAGCAUUCAUUCUAGAGGCCGGCCUAUAUAGUUCUUGAAUGUAGUUCCUUGACAUUUUGAUGUUUGGUUUGUAUCACCAAAUCCUUGAUAUUUUGAAUGUAGUUCCUUGACAUUUUGAUGUACUCCAACUCACUACUGCUGGCAAUUGUUCCACACCUAA